AUGCCUCGCCUCCCACUCCUCCCGCCAGCGGCGCGCCCGCAGCGCCUCUCCUCCCUCGCCCUCUCCCUCACACGCACGCGCGCGCCGCCCUCCCGCCCCUCCUCCUCCUUCACGGCGCGCCCCUCGCCCCCCAAGCUCCCCGCCGACCAGCAAGCCGAGUUCGAGCGCCUGCAGCGCGCCGCCGCCGUCUCCUCCGCCUUCCAGCAGCCCGACGCUUCCUCCUCAUCUGGCUCCGCCACGCCGCCCAGCACGCAGCAGCCGCGGCACGCCACCAAUCCCGUCGACGCAGCGUCACCUUCUUCCUCGUCGACCACGGCGGCGGCGGCUGCGGCGCCGCAGGACGCAGACGUCAACCAGGGCAUGUUCCGCGGCGCACCGCCCGAGUUCGAGGGCGACGUCAACCCCAAGACGGGCGAGGUCGGCGGGCCCAAGAACGAGCCGCUCAGAUGGGGUGGCGGCGGCGACUGGAGCUACAACGGGCGCGUCACCGACUUCUGA